GGGGGGGGGGGGAUCGCGUCGGAAUUCCGGCGAAUCGGCGGGAUCCGGCCGGGAUCUGCGCGGCGGAUGAGGGGUCGGCACCAUGAAAUGGUCGACAUUGCUCAGUAAGGUCGUCUUCGCCGGCCAGCAGGAGCAGGAGCAGCCGCCUCCGCCGCCGCCGCCGCCGCCGGGGUCGUCGUCGUCCCCGCUCAACCGCCAGAAGCAGGGCGACCCCGGCCAAGCCACCCCGCGGCUCAGCGCCGCCGACGAGGGUGGGUCGGUCGGAGGUGGCGGCGUCGCGGCGGCGUCCGGGAGCUCGCCCUCCGCCGUCUCCGCGUCCCCUGCCAGGGGAAAAAAUGAGUUGGAGUUGGACUUCAGGAGGUUCUGGGAAGAAUUCCGUUCUUCCAGCUCUGAAAAGGAGAAAGAAAGGGCCUUAAAUUUGGCAGUAGAUGUCUUCUGUAGGCUAGUGAAGGAGCACUCUAGUGUAGCUGAAUUAGUUACAAAGUUAGUAGAAGCACAUGUUUUUGCUUUUGUUAUUGGAAGAGCUUUCGUUACAGAUGUGGAAAAACUAAGAAUUCACAGUAAGGGAAGAUCUUUGCGUGUUGCUGAUGUUAUUGGUUUCUUUUCGGAGAUCACAGAGCUUGGCAUAUGUCCAGGUUCAAAUUUGUUAUAUGCAGUUGAAGUUCUUGUGACACAGACUAUCGAUAAGCAGCCUCUGUUGGAUUCUGGUAUUUUGUGCUGCCUUAUAUAUAUCCUCAAUUCCCUAUUGAGUCCUGAUGAAUCCUCCCAAAAAUCCUCUCCUGUUGGUCAAGAAGUUUCAACCAGUGAGAAGAGUAAAGAUUGGGGUCCUAUGCUAUCACGGCGCCUUGAGAUCGAGGCAAGUGUAGUACAUACAAUGAAGGCACUAGCGAGCCAUCCAUCUGCUGCACCAAGCCUAAUUGAAGAUGAUGCUCUACAAGUUCUAUUCCACAUGGUUGCAAAUGGUUCCCUGACCGUGUUCUCUCAAUUUAGGGAGGGUCUUGUUCCAAUUCACACAAUUCAGCUUCAUCGCCACGCAAUGCAGGUUCUUGGUCUCCUUCUUGCGAAUGACAAUGGGACUUCAGCAAACUAUAUAAGGAAGCAUCAGUUGAUUAAAGUUCUCCUUAUGGCCGUGAAAGAUUUCAAUCCGCAGAAUGGUGAUGCUGCUUACACCAUGGGCAUUGUGGAUCUCUUACUUGAAUGUGUUGAGCUAUCUUACAGGCCUGAAGCUGGAUCCGUUAGGCUCAGGGAAGAUAUACAUAAUGCUCAUGGCUAUCAGUUCCUUGUUCAGUUUGCUCUUACACUAUGUAGCUUACAUAAGAACCAGGUUCUCCAAUCUUCGCCCAAGUUAGCAUCUGAGGAUGGAGUGAAUCCUCCUCACAGAUCAGAACAAGAUACAUUCACAUCCGAUCUUUCACCACAGCUAUCAAGAUUGCUUGAUGUUCUUGUAAAUUUGUCGCAAACUGGACUGUCUGAAAAUUAUGUUGGUAAAAGUAUGAAAUCUUCUCAUGGGAAGGGAACAGGCCACAACAGAAGCCGGACUCCAUCUGUUGACAAGUUCGCAGAUGAGAUUUUGGAGAUUAACAGUCCCAAAGUAAAAGAUCUUGAGGCCAUUCAGAUGCUACAGGAUAUAUUUCUGAAGGCAGACAACUUGGAAGUGCAAGCUGAAGUUUUAAAUAGAAUGUUCAAGAUUUUCUCAAGUCAUCUUGAGAAUUACAAGCUAUGUCAACAACUGCGAACUGUGCCUCUUUUUAUCCUAAACAUGGGUGGCUUCCCUCCAGCACUUCAAGAGGUCAUCUUAAAAAUUUUAGAAUAUGCGGUCACUGUUGUAAACUGCAUCCCAGAGCAGGAGUUGUUAUCACUCUGUUGCUUACUGCAGCAACCAAUUUCUACCAGUCUUAAGCAUACAAUACUCUCUUUCUUUGUGAAGCUCCUUUCCUUUGAUCAGCAGUACAAAAAGGUUCUCAGGGAAGUAGGUGUACUUGGAGCGUUGUUAGAUGACCUGAAACAGAACAAGCUUUUUUUUGGAGAGGAGCCACAAAACAGGACCCCUAAGUCUGCACAGAGGAUGUCCAGUGCAAGUAGUUUUCGAAAAACCAUGGAUAACAAAGAUGCGAUUCUUUCUCCGAAGCUAAUGGCUUCUGGUUCCACCAAAUUUCCCAUGUUUGAAGAUGAAGGGACAAUAACUGUUGCUUGGGAUUGUCUUUUUUAUCUGCUGAAGAGAGCUGAGCCUAAUCAACAAACUUUCAGAUCUUCUAAUGGCGUUAAUACGAUUCUUCCUUUCUUGGUAUCUGAAAGCCACAGAUCUGGGGUAUUACGGCUAUUGUCUUGCCUGAUAAUCGAAGAUUCUCUUCAGGCUCAUCCAGAGGAAAUAGGGUCCCUGAUAGAAAUCUUGAAGAGUGGGAUGGUAUCAACUUCGUCAGGUUCUCAACAGAAACUUGACAAUGAUGCGAAGUGUGACACUUUUGGCGCUUUGUGGCGUAUUCUUGGGGCAAACAGUUCAGCUCAAAGAAUUUUUGGAGAAGCCACUGGGUUUUCCCUGCUACUAACAACGCUUCACAGUUUCCAGAAUGACAGUGAAAACGAGGAGACUGAAUCAUCUUUGCUUACUCAUAUGAAGAUCUUUGGUUUUCUAAUGCGAGCUAUGACAGCUGCAGUAUACAGCAAUCCUGUUAAUAGGAUAAGACUGCAUACAAUCCUGUCUUCCAACACUUUCUAUGAUCUUCUGUCUGAAUCUGGGUUGCUCUGUGUGGAUUGUGAGAAGCAUGUUAUCUUGCUUUUGCUUGAGCUUGCACUUGAGGUUGUUCUUCCUCCCACUAGUAACCUGCAGGUAGAGAGCAUUUCAUCUGAAAACCCAGAGGAUGAAUCAGGUUUCUUGUCUGCAACCUCAUUUGGACUAUCAAGGCUUGACAAGGAGCGUAUAUAUAAUGCUAGUGCUGUAGUUGUUUUGAUCCGCUCUUUGCUAGUAUUUACACCUAAAGUUCAACUCGAGCUGCUGAGAUUCAUUGAGAAGCUAGCAAAUGCUGGUCCCUUCAACCAGGAGAAUUUAACUUCUGUAGGAUGUGUUGGUCUUCUACUUGAGACAAUCAACCCAUUUUUGGAGGGCUCAUCUCCUAUCCUUAAUCACGCUUUGAGAAUUGUUGAAGUUCUGGGUGCUUAUAGGCUGUCUUCUUCUGAACUAAGACUUCUGGUGAGGUAUAUACUUCAGCUGAAAGUGAAGUGUUCUGGUCAUCUUUUUGUUAAUAUGAUGGACAAGUUAAUCCAAAUUGAAGAUGUCAGACAAGGAAGUAUUUCUCUAGCCCCUUUCAUUGAGUUGGACAUGAGCAAAGCUGGUCAUUCAUCUAUUCAAGUUUCAUUAGGAGAGAGGACAUGGCCACCUGUUUCUGGAUACUCUUUCGUUUGCUGGUUCCAAUUUCAGAACUUCUUUAGAAGCCAUCCUAAAGAAGCAGAAAAAACAUCAAAAGGGUCUUAUAGUAAAAGGAAUGGACAAGUUAUGCGCAUCUUUUCUGUAGGUGCAGUUGAUGAUGCCAACACUCUGUAUGCAGAACUUUAUCUCCAUGACAAUGGUGUUUUUACCAUUGCAACAAGCAAUUCAAGUUCAUUAUCAUUUCCAGGCAUUGAGAUGGAAGAAGGGAAAUGGCAUCAUCUUGCAGUUGUACAUAGCAAACCAAAUGCAUUAGCUGGCCUCUUUCAAUCAAGUGUGGCCAGUCUAUAUCUUGAUGGAAAGUUGAGGCACACCGGCAAACUUGGAUACUCUCCAUCCCCAUUUGGUAAAUCCUUGCAAGUAACACUUGGUACACCUGCUAUCCGAGCCAAAGUUUCAGACCUAUCAUGGCGGCUUCGGUGUUGUUAUCUUUUUGAGGAAGUCUUAACACCUGGCAGCAUUUGCUUCAUGUAUAUUCUUGGACAAGGUUACAGGGGAUUGUUCCAGGACACUGAUCUUCUGAGAUUUGUCCCUAACUGGGCCUGUGGUGGGGAGGUGAUGGCAAUUCUUGAUUCAUUGGAAUUGGAAGUAAUUGCACCUUCAGGCAGCCAGCGUGUUGAUAGCGCAAUGAAACAAGGGAACUCUAGACUUGAGAGCAGUGGAAUCGUUUGGGAUAUGGAAAGGUUAAGAAAUCUUUCCUUACAACUGUCCGGGAAGAAGCUAAUAUUUGCAUUUGAUGGGACUUCAUCAGAUGCUUUUCGAGCAUCUGGGACUUUGUCCUUGCUGAACCUUGUUGAUCCAACUUCUGCUGCUGCAUCCCCAAUAGGAGGUAUACCGCGGUAUGGGCGCCUAAGUGGGGAUGUUUAUGUGUGUAACCAGUGCACAAUUGGUGACACUGUUCAAACAGUUGGUGGGAUUCCUGUUGUUCUUGCUCUUGUGGAAGCCGCUGAAACUAGGGAUAUGCUGCACAUGGCACUAGAACUGCUUGCACUAUCUCUUCAACAGAGCCAUCAAAAUGUGAAGGACAUGCAGUCCUUGAGGGGUUAUCAUCUUCUUGCACUUUUUCUGCAUAGGAGAAUGUCAUUAUUUGACAUGCAGUCUCUUGAUAUCUUUUUCCGUAUUGCUGCUUGUGGAGCUUCAUUUCCUGAGCCACAAAAGUCAAAUAUGAACCGAACAGCAAGCUAUGCAUCUGGAAUCUCCCCAGAGUCCAGUCUUGAUGAUCUUACAUUACCCAAGUUUGGUGAUGAUAUGUCUUCUAUUGGAUCACAUGGAGAUCUAGAUGAUUUUUCAGCACAAAAGGAUUCUUUUAGCCAUCUGUCUGAGCUUGAGAAUGCCGACUUAGCUGGGGAGACUUCUGAGUUUAUAGUCUUGUCAAAUGCUGAUAUGGUCGAACAUGUUCUAUUGGAUUGGACCAUUUGGGUUACUGCUCCUAUAUCAGUACAAAUAACUCUCCUUGGAUUUCUUGAGAGGAUGGUAUCAAUGCAUUGGUUUAGAAAUCAUAACCUCACAAUACUGCGGCGAAUUAAUCUUGUACAACAUCUUCUUGUCACUUUACAACGUGGUGAUGUUGAAAUUCCUGUCCUGGAAAAGCUAGUUGUUCUGCUUGGUGUCAUCUUGGAGGAUGGUUUUCUAGCUUCUGAGUUGGAGCUUGUUGUAAGAUUCGUAAUCAUGACAUUUGAUCCUCCAGAACUUACACCAAACCGCCAGAUUGUUCGGGAGGCCAUGGGAAAGCAUGUCAUUGUGAGGAACAUGUUACUAGAAAUGCUUAUUGAUCUACAAGUAACCAUAAAUGCUGAAGAUAUGCUGGAGCAAUGGCACAAAGUUGUUUCGUCCAGAUUAGUCACAUAUUUCCUUGAUGAAGCUGUGCACCCAACAAGUAUGAGAUGGAUCAUGACUCUCUUAGGAGUUUGCCUUACAUCCUCUGCCACUUUUGCUCUAAAGUUCCGUACAAGUGGAGGUUUCCAAGGGUUGAAUCAUGUGCUUCCAAGCUUCUAUGAUUCCCCUGAAAUAUAUUAUAUACUCUUCUGUCUGAUUUUUGGAAAGCCUGUUUUUCCUCGAGUACCAGAGGUCCGCAUGCUUGAUUUCCAUUCUCUUAUGCCUAGUGAUGAAAACUGCGGAGAAUUGAAGUUUGUAGAUCUAUUGGAUACUAUCAUUGCAAUGGCAAAAGCUACAUUUGAUUCAUUGAUUAUGAAGUCUAUGCUUGCACAUCAGAAUAAUAAUCUUUCACACCUUAAUGGCACCUUAGUUGCGGAUCUUGUGGAAUCGACACCAGACAUGGGAGGUGAUCUUCAGGGAGAAGCCUUGAUGCAUAAGACAUAUGCAGCUAGGUUAAUGGGUGGUGAAGCUGCAGCACCUGCUGUUGCUACUUCAAUACUGCGGUUCAUGGUUGAUUUGACAAAAAUGUGCCCACCAUUCUCUGCUGUUUGCAGGCGGCAUGAUUUCCUAGAGAGCUGUGUUGACCUAUAUUUCUCUUGUGUAAGGUCUGAUUGUGCCGUGAAGAUGGCGAAGGACCUAACAUCUGCGGCAACAGAUGAGAAGUGUAUGCAUGAUGAUGACAACGAAAGUCUAAAAGAUACUUUUUCGAAUUUGCCACAGGAUCAGGAACAAUCUGCCAAAACUUUUAGUAUUGCAAGUUUUCCCCAGGAGCAGAAAAGUUCGAGCUCAGGAAGUAGUGGCAUGCAUAACUCUUUCGAAACUGCUGAAGUAAAAGCAGACGACUCUUCCAAUCAGGCAUCGAGCACCACGUUUUUGAAUGGACAAGCAAACCAAGUGGUUCAGAGUGCUCAUGAUCAAGGACAGAUGUCAGCCCCAAGUUCAAAUGGCAUUGCUGAUUCCCACCAACCAGCUGAUUCACCCACUUCAGCUUCUAUGAACAAUAUUGGGUCUCCUGUUUUAUCUGAGAGAUCAGCUCACAAAGCAGCAAGUACCCCUACUGCAUCUCCGAUGGCUCCAUUUGCAUCUUGGCCUGGCAGUGCAGGAUCAUACAGCGAUGGUAGGCAGCUAACAGCCUCUCCAUCCAUGUCUUCAACUAUAUCUGGGAUUGACCUCGAUUCAUCCCCUGAUCUGAAGACAAACAUUCAGGGGUCACCUGCAGUGAACACACUUUUCCCAAUUAAUUCGAAGCUUUUGCUUGACAUAGAUGAUUUAGGUUAUGGGGGUGGUCCUUGCUCUGCAGGAGCUACUGCUGUUCUUGAUUUCAUUGCUCAAAUCCUUGCUGAUAUUAUCUCAGAACAGCUCAAAGCAACACUCUUUAUUGAGAGCAUCCUGGAGUGUGUGCCUCUGUUUGUAGAUAUCGAUUCUGCUUUGGUUUUUCAAGGUUUGUGUCUAAGCAGACUGAUGAACUUCCUUGAAAGAAAACUCUUACUUGAUGAUGAAGAAGAUGGGAAGAAACUUGACAAGAGCCGCUGGUCUGCAAAUUUGGACCCACUUUGCUGGAUGAUUGUUGAUCGUGUAUACAUGGGCUGCUUUCCAACCCCAGUCGGUGUGCUACGUACGCUAGAAUUUUUAAUGUCCAUGUUGCAGCUUUCUAAUAAAGAUGGCCGUAUUGAAGAUGCAGUACCUUCAGGUAAAGGUAUUCUAUCCAUUGCUCGAGGAGGCAGGCAACUUGAUCCUUACAUCCACGCCAUAUUGAAGAACACUAACCGGAUGGUAAUGUAUUGUUUCUUGCCAACAUUCCUUAAGAAUAUGGGGGAGGAUGACUUGCUUGCAAAUCUGGCUUUCCUAACAGAAACUGGAAGAAGUUUAGGUAUUUUUAAACCUUCCCAGGAAGAUUAUACUGUUGAUAUCUGUACUGUUCUUCAGCUUCUGAUUGCCAACAAGAGGCUGGUGCUGUGUCCAAGCAAUGUUGAUAAUGAUCUAAUGUGUUGUUUCUGCAUAAAUUUAAUGGCACUUCUUCGUGACAAGAGGUUAACUGCACAAAAUUUAGCAGUGGAUUUACUUAAAUACUUGGUAGUGCAUCGGCGUCCGUCUCUUGAGGACCUCCUAGUUAGUAAGCCUAACCAAGGGCAACAGAUGGAUAUCUUGCAUGGAGGGCUCGACAAACUACUGACUGGAAGUACAACAGCGUUUUUUGAAUGGCUCCAGAGUUCUCAGCAAACAAUAAGUAAAGUGUUAGACCAGUGCGCUUUAAUAAUGUGGGUUCAAUAUAUUACUGGCUCAGCAAAAUUUCCUGGGGUGAGAAUAAAAGGCAUGGAGGUCAGGCGCAAGAAAGAUAUGGGACGAAAAUUACGUGAAAUUGCAAAACUAGAUUCAAGGCACUGGGAGCAGAUAAAUGAACGGAGGUACAAUCUUGAUUUGGUUCGUGAUGUAAUGUCUACAGAGCUAAGAGCGAUUCGUCAAGACAAAUAUGGAUGGAUACUGCAUGGAGAAAGUGAGUGGCAAAGCCAGCUCCAACAGCUUGUACAUGAAAGAGGCAUUUUCCCUGUGCGGCAAUUAUCGACAGAGCCUGCAUGGCAGCUGUGCGCUGUUGAAGGACCGUAUAGAAUGCGGAAGAAACUUGAACCGUCCAAAUUUAAGAUAGAUACUAUUCAUAAUGUUCUAGCCAGCAACCUUGGGUUAGAUGAUGUUAAGAUUACCAAGAAAGAGGAUGGGCACAUGGUGAUGACAUCUGGAUCAGAUACAAUGUCAGGCUUGAAUCUUUUGACCUAUGACACAGAACGGAAGGAUCUUGAUGCUGCUGAUUUUGCAUCGUUCAAAGAUGAAGAUGACAUAUUCAAAGGAGGAAGCACAGUGUCACCUCCAAUUGGCUGGACUGAUGAUAAAAGCAGCAUUAACGAACAAAGUCUUCACUCUGCAACAGAACAUGGAGCGAAAUCAAGUUCCUUUUCUUAUCACAUGACAGAGAGUGUCCACGGUAAAUCUGAAUUUAAUUCACCUAGACGGGCACCUUCAGUUAAGGGCACCGAUACAAGAACCUCAGAGGAUAAAUCGGAAAAGGAGUUGCUUGACAAUGGAGAGUAUCUUAUCAGACCUUAUCUGGAACCUUCCGAAAAAAUAAGGCAUAAGUACAAUUGUGAACGGGUUGCUGGUCUUGACAAGCAUGAUGGAAUAUUUUUAAUUGGAGAACUUAGCUUAUACAUCAUUGAGAACUUCUACAUUGAUGAUUCCAAUUGCAUUUACGAAAAAGGCAAUGAAGAUGAGCUCUCUGUCAUCGAUCAAGCUUUAGGUGUAAAAAAGGAUGUAUUGGGAAGCUGCGAUUCUCACCAAAAAUCACCAUCUACGUGGGGUGCAACAGCAAAAGUUUUGCUUGGUGGCAGAGCAUGGGCAUACAAUGGAGGUGCUUGGGGUAAGGAGAAGCUUUGCAGUAGCAGCAAUUUGCCUCAUCCAUGGCAUAUGUGGAAGCUUGAUAGCGUCCAUGAGCUCCUAAAGCGUGAUUAUCAGCUUCGCCCUGUUGCAAUUGAGAUUUUCAGUAUGGACGGGUGUAACGAGCUUUUAGUUUUCCACAAAAAGGAGAGGGAGGAUGUUUUCAAAAAUCUGACCGCCAUGAACCUCCCACGAAAUAGCAUGUUGGACACAACAAUAUCAGCAUCCUCAAAACAGGAUAGCGGUGAGGGGAGCCGUCUUUUCAAAAUAAUGGCAAAAUCAUUUUCUAAAAGAUGGCAGAGUGGAGAAAUUACCAACUUCCAAUAUCUCAUGCAUCUAAAUACACUUGCUGGUCGAGGAUACAGUGACCUUACGCAAUACCCAGUAUUUCCAUGGGUUCUUGCAGAUUAUGAGAGUGAUACUUUAGAUCUGAGAAACCCACAGACGUUCCGUAAGCUUGACAAACCAAUGGGAUGUCAAACUGAAGGGGGAGAAGAGGAAUUCCGUAAGAGAUAUGAUAGCUGGGAUGACCCUGAAGUACCAAAGUUCCAUUAUGGUUCUCAUUAUUCAAGUGCUGGGAUUGUCCUUUUCUAUCUUUUAAGACUGCCUCCCUUUAGUAUGGAAAAUCAGAAAUUACAGGGUGGACAAUUUGACCAUGCAGACCGUUUAUUCAAUAGUGUUAAAGAUACAUGGGUAAGUGCUGCUGGCAAGAGCAACACAUCAGAUGUCAAAGAAUUGAUUCCGGAGUUCUAUUAUUUGCCUGAAUUUUUGGAGAACCAAUUUAAUCUGGACUUGGGGGAGAAACAGUCCGGAGAGAAGGUUGGUGAUGUUGUUUUGCCGCCUUGGGCUAAAGGUAGCUCCAGAGAGUUCAUCAGGAAGCAUCGAGAAGCCUUGGAGUCAGACUAUGUAUCCGAGAAUCUGCAUCACUGGAUAGAUCUUAUUUUUGGAUAUAAGCAGAGAGGAAAGGCAGCUGAAGAUGCUGUAAAUGUCUUCUAUCACUACACGUAUGAAGGCAAUGUUGACAUAGAUUCCGUAUCAGAUCCUACCAUGAAAGCUUCGAUACUGGCACAAAUCAAUCAUUUUGGUCAGACCCCCAAACAAUUAUUCCAAAAACCACAUCCUCAGAGACGGACUGACAGGAAGGUCCUUCCUCAUCCUCUACGGUACAGCGCGUAUCUUACACAUCAAGAGAUUCGGAAGACAACAUCAUCAGUUUCCCAGAUUGUGACCUACAAUGAUAAGAUCCUAAUUGCUGCAGCGAACAGCUUUCUCAAGCCAGUAAAUUAUAGUGAAUAUAUUUCCUGGGGAUUUCCUGACCGCAGUUUGAGAAUAUUGACCUAUGAUCAGGAUAAACUUGUAUCAACACAUGAAAACCUUCAUGGUGGUAGUCAGAUUCAGUGCACUGGAGUUAGCCAUGACGGCAACAUUCUCACAACAGGUGGUGAUGAUGGUGUAGUUGCAGUAUGGAGAUUUUUCAAAGAUGGCACUCGUCGUCUCCUGAGAAUGGAGAAAGCUCUGUGCGCUCACACUGCCAAGAUAACAUGUAUCUAUGUGAGCCAGCCUUACUCAUUAAUUGUCUCUGGCUCCGAUGACUGUUCAGUGAUCUUGUGGGACCUGACAAGCCUGGCCUUUGUGAAGCAGCUGCCAAGGUUCCCAGCAUCAGUGUCUGCGUUACAUGUGAACAAUCUCACUGGUGAGAUCCUGACUGGUGCCGGUGUUCUUUUUGCUGUUUGGAGCGUCAACGGAGACUGUCUUGCUGUGGUUAAUACCUCUCAGCUUCCUUCGGAUCUCAUCUUGUCUGUGGCAAGCACUACAAACUCGGACUGGCAGGACACAAACUGGUACGUGACAGGUCAUCAAAGCGGUGCUGUGAAGGUAUGGAAGAUGGUGCACUACACGUCUGAUGAGGCAGCAAACAGCAAGAGCAAAUCUCCACCGUCCACCCUUGGAGGGAUGAGCUUGAAUGGCCAGACUCAGGAGUACAGGCUACUUCUUCAGAAGGUGCUCAAGGCUCACAAGCACCCGGUCACUGCCCUUUGUCUUCCACCCGACCUGAAGCAGCUUCUGAGCGGGGAUGCCAGUGGCCACUUGUUCUCAUGGUCACUAAAAGAUGAUAGCUUUAAGGUUUCAUAGCAACAGCUCAACAGAGGAUAGUCAGGAUUCACCUGCACAUAUAGAGAGCCUUAGUUAAGUUAUAUACCUCUGGUUCCUUUCUCACCCAGAAUCUGACAAGCACCUGCUUGUGCUGCCAAAGAAAGAACUCAGAGUUGGCCUCGGCAUGCAGAAACAUUCUACAAUAUGGUUGGCCCAGGCCCCAGCCCAUUCAGCAAAAUCUGGGGUGAAGACACAGUACAACAGAAACACACUGGAAGGGAUAAAAUGGAGAUGGCGUUGUGCUGACAUUACAAUCUUAUUAUACUGUGAAUUAUCUACCGGUUCUACCUCAUCUUCUUGUUUUUUCAUGAGAGGAUUCGUGCGGGGUAGCAACCAGCGUGUGUAAAGUUUGUAUAGGAUGCUUUUGGUUAGUAGUGGUGAGGGGACGAUGGUGAUGAUGUUGUACGGUGAAGAUGUUAUUUUUCGUCUUGGGGAUGUAAGGAAAGGGGUGUUAGGUUCCUCUUCUUUUUCUGUUUUGUUUCUCUAUUUUGUCCCCAGAAGUGGUGGUGUUCAUUCAUUGACUGGGUGUAAUUUGAGCACCCUUCUGUUCACUUCAGUUCAUUUGCACAUACAUGCAAGAGAUUUUGUUCAAC